GAGAGAGAGGGGGGAUUAUUAACAGGGACGACCCAGGUUGCAGAAUAUGAGCUCUAUUUCGGGCUAGAGAGAGAGAGAGAGAAAGAGAGAGGGGGGGAGGCGGGGGGACCAAGAUUGCGAAGGCGAUAAAGCUCCUGCCGCAUCUGUCGCGCUUCUCCUCGAGAUAGGAGAGUGAGUUCAUCUCGUGCUCCUUAGAACGAGUUGGGGGGAAUCAUUGUUGUUUGCGGUGAAGAGCUGCGGCGGUGGUUGAAUGGACCAGUAUGAGAAGGUGGAGAAGAUUGGAGAAGGAACAUACGGAGUGGUAUAUAAAGCUCGGGACAAGCUCACUAAUGAGACGAUCGCUUUGAAGAAGAUAAGGUUAGAACAGGAAGAUGAGGGAGUUCCCAGUACGGCUAUAAGAGAGAUCUCCCUUUUAAAGGAAAUGCAGCAUGGGAACAUAGUCAGGUUGCAGGAUGUAGUUCACAGUGAGAAACGUAUAUACUUGGUGUUUGAAUAUCUGGACUUGGACUUGAAGAAGCACAUGGAUUCAUGUCCGGACUUUGCUAAAGAUCCACGUUUAACAAAAUCUUACCUCUAUCAGAUUCUCCGUGGCAUUGCUUACUGCCAUUCACAUAGGGUUCUUCACCGAGAUCUGAAACCGCAGAACUUAUUAAUAGAUCGGCGGACUAAUGCUUUGAAACUUGCCGACUUUGGACUAGCCCGAGCAUUUGGCAUUCCCGUCCGGACUUUUACACAUGAGGUGGUCACACUUUGGUAUAGAGCACCAGAAAUCCUCCUUGGAGCUCGACAAUACUCUACCCCGGUGGAUGUGUGGUCAGUUGGGUGUAUUUUUGCUGAAAUGGUCAAUCAGCGACCAUUGUUUCCUGGAGAUUCAGAGAUUGAUGAAUUGUUCAAGAUAUUCAGAAUUUUAGGAACACCAACUGAAGAAACUUGGCCAGGUGUUUCUUCCUUGCCUGACUUUAAAUCUGCUUUCCCCAAGUGGCCAUCUAAGGAUCUAGCAACAGUGGUUCCAAACCUUGAGCCUGCAGGAGUUGAUCUUCUAUCUAAAAUGCUCCGAUUGGAACCAAGUAAAAGAAUCACAGCCCGACAGGCACUGCAACAUGAAUACUUCAAGGAUCUUGGGGUCGUUCCAUGAUAGCUUUUCUUUGCUCUUUAUUGUCUGCUUAUUUGUUUUAUCUUUGAUUAAGUUUGCUUUAGGGUUUAGGCAGUAGACUUGUUAUCCUGCCCGAGUCGUGUGCUUCGAUUUGUUUCUGCUCGCCCUAAUUCUUGGACGAGUUUCUGUAAAGAUUGUGCUUUGUUUGUCUCUGUUACAUAGAGCUUUUAAAACUCUUAUUUCUUUCCAGAAAACAGGGCCUGCUGCCUCCUAUUUGAUUUGCUUGGAUGUAUUGAAAAUUUAAUAUUUCCAUUCGUGCUUUGAAUCA